GGAAGUUGAUAAUCUUUUUAUUUUGGUUGAUUUUGUUUGCAUUUUUUUGUGGUUUGACUUGUUAAUAUAAGCAUUUAAAAUGGUCAAGGAACUAGGACCCUUGGACAAAGUUAUUAAAGAAGGAGAUGUGCUGAGGAAACAGGUGGAUAAGAUAGUGAAAGAAAGUUUAAAGAAUGCCAAAGAUAAAAAAUUGAAGGACAAAGAAAUCAAGCUUAAGGCAAAUUUUAGAAGUUGCUAUGAAUUAAAGCCGCAAGUAACAGCAUUGUUACAAAAAGCAGAGGAUCUAACAGAGGAAGGUGAAGAAAAGAAGCAACAAAAAAACUUUGAGACAAAGAAGAAAAAAGAAGUAGACAGAAUAACAGCAUGGCAGAACCAGCUGGAAGAUGCCAUGAGCAAGGUGCUUCCAGAGGAAGAAGAGAGAACAACAUAUGAAAAAGAAUUAAAAAAGGAACUCGGAGGUGAAGAAGAAGAGGAAGAAGAAGAGGAGGAUGAAGACGAUGAUGAUGAUGAUGAUGAUGAAACUAUGGCAGGUACAGCUGCUGAAACCACCCUGGGUGAGACAGGAAAAACUGAAGGUGAUGAUGAUGAAGAAGAGGAGGAGGAAGACGAUGAAGAUGAAGAAGAUGAUGAGGAUGAGGGUGAUGAAACUGCUGGAGAGACAUUAGAACCACCUAAGAAAUCUGACAAGAAAGAUGCUGAUGAAGAAGAGGAUGAAGAAGAAGAGGAGGAGAGUGAAGAAGAAGUUGAUGAAGAAGAAACUCAGCUGAAAAAGGUGGCACAGAGCAAAGCAAGUCCAAAGAGUAAGAAACACGUUGAAGUCGAAGAGGAGGAAGAGGAAACAGAAGAUGAGGAAGAAGAUGAUGAAGAGGAAGAAAGUGAAGAAGAAGAAGAUGAUGACGAUGAUGAUGAAGAAGAAGAAAGUGGGGAGGAGGAAGAAGGGCAAACAACCAUGGAAGUAACCACAUCUGGUCGCCAAUUUGAGGCCCUGUAUGAUUAUUCCGGGGAGCAGGAACAGGGUGACCUCAGCUUCAAGAAGGGAGAAAUAAUCACCAUUCUAGAGACAAGAGAGGAUGGUUGGUGGGUGGCCGAGAAUAGUGAGGGCAAGAAAGGCAACGUGCCCUCCUCAUACCUUCAGCUUCACAACAAGUAUAAGGACGUACAGCAGGAGGAUUCUGAAGAGGAACAAGAGGAGGAAGAGGAAGAAGGAGAAGAAGAGGCCGGGAAGGAGGGAGGCAAGAGGCCCAAACUGAAGCGACAGAAAAGUGGAAAAGAACUCUGGUCUAACGUAAAGAAGGCUGUCAACGAGACAAGUGUCACGGAUGUGCUUCAUGCCCUCGGAGCCGUCCCAUCUGGUUUUAGGGUGUCAACUCUGGCCAAGAAAUUUAAUGAAGACCGGCUUCACCAGAUGAGGAAUUAUCUUGCCCCCAAACUCAGCAACUCAAACUUCUCAUACAAAGAUCUCUUCUUUGACCCCAGUGAAAACAAGAUCCGGCCCAAGAUUGUACGAGAACAAAGGGUUGUGACCAUAACGAGCUGUAGACAGAUUCCAGUACCUGGUGUCGGCCUGGAGAUAAGAAGCCGCCAUGUGAGGGUGUGUCUCUUUGAUGGACAAACUAUGUUGAGUAACAUCCACACCAUCAAGGUUGCCAGUGUGGACAAGGACCAGAGAACUUGGUCAUUCAACACUAGGAUCAGCGAUUAUAUGGAAACCUUUCAGCAUGCCGAAAUGUUCAUCCGCACCAACAACGUCUCACAGAACCUUGGUAUCCUAUUCGAACUAUGUGCGUCAUAUGUACGCUCAAACACAAAGGAGACGGGGGAGUUCAGUUGCGGAUGGGCUAUGCUCCCGCUAGAAGACCAGACGUCAGGAUUGCCGAUACAAAAUAAGAGUUAUGAGCUGGUUGUCAAUGGUGGAACACCGUAUGAGAAGGGCGUGGAGGUGGACCCUAGCAUUAGUCGAAGGGCAAGCUCAAAUGCACUCAUGUCGCUUAUAUCGGGGAACAAGCAGCCACGGCUCAUGGUGAAACUAACUCUACCAAAACGGGAUCAGAAAGAAUUGCUUGACACCCUGCCAGAAACCUUAGUAGGGAAUAUGUCGCUACUACAGAUGUACAGUUACUACAGACAAGUUCUUGCGGACACACUGCUUCGAGACCGGCUAGACUUAGAGUCAACCGAGGUGAUCCACAACCCAUGCCUAGCUACAUUCCCCAUUAUAGCCGACCAGCACGACCUCAUGAAACUACUCAGGGACUCUUGGACUGAGAAGAUUAAAAGCAUCAGGAAGACAGAAAUGAGUCAUAUGUUUUCAACAUUUUCACAGAGGCGAGACGUUGAGUUCAUGAAGACACAAUGGCAGAAUAUCGUCAUGGAGACGGUUUACCCGCUGAGCAAGUCAGCCGCACUGCCACCUUACAACAGUGGGGAUCAUCAUAAUGAACUCCUUCGACUUGAGGAGAUAGAAAAGUUCCGUCAGGCAAGGUUCCGACGGGGUAUUCUGGCAUUCCUGCUCUCCGCUGACAUGACACACGCGCCGCUGGACAUGAAGGAAGUCUCAUUUAACGUGAUUGGACCAUACUGCCUGCCUCACAACAAACAAGAGGUACCUGUUGAAAGCUGAGUCUGAAUGGCACGCUCAUCUUAAACCAUGUGCUUCAAGAAAACAUGGCUGAAAAUCAUUCCCAGCAUCCGUUUGAUGACUUAGCUUCUACACAAUAUAUCAUUCAAACUGUAUAUAAUGAAUAGUUUGUGAAGUUUACAUAUUUUUAGGGUUCUAUAUAUUCUGACAUUGUUGAAACAAUGGAGAGAUUGAAAAACACUACAGUCCAACCUGUUUGUCUCUAACUUGCAUGGCUCGAUAUCUUCGUUGGUCUUACUGAAUGUAAAGGACUGAUUUCUUUCUACUGAAUGUAUGGUAAGCAUUCCUGCUUGGCUUGAAAUGUCAAUGGGGUUUGACUGUACUUUUAUGGGUAUCCGCAGACAAUUAUAUAAAACUGGUUAUACUUCUUUGGUUUGGUUAAAGUUAGCCAAAAUGUUUUAUUGAUUGGUCAAUAUUUAUCCAAUAAUGACUGUUGACCAAUCAAAAUUGCUUAUUUGUGCAAACUAGCCAAAAGAUAAGCUGUGGAUAACUUAUCCAGUUAAAUACAAUUGGCUGGUGGACUUCUUUCUGUACUCGACAUCAUCAAGUUAAUACAUGUGUGUGACUAUGCAUGUGGAAAGUGAUCUGUGCAAGUAUCAGUGAGCCUACAAGUGAAAUUUCUCAAACUCGACUGCAAGUUUUACAUGAAUGUGUAGGUAAACGUACAGGUAUGACAUAGUGUUUCCCAGUCUCUCUUAUGUCAGAAAAUAAAAGUGACAGAAAGCAUGAAAGUGAAUUUAUCUGUGAUAUAUAUUUUAUUUUUAUUUUUAUUUAUUUUGUAUAUGUACUUGUAAGCUAAAUAGAUCUGACCCCAAUUUCUUAUAUUUAACAGGUUUAAGUAUCAUAUAAUUUCAUCAAAUUACUCGCUUAAACCGAUUUUAUAAACCCAAGCAGUGUUUAUCAUGAUUAUCUUCAAGCAAAUUUUCUUUUAAAGUCUUAAAAUAACUCACUCUAUACCCUUUAAAAUUAGUGAGUUCAUUUUGAUCCUGUUAUUAGGGACUGAAGAUUGCUGGAAAAAUUUGGGCCUGAACUUCUGAAUUUAAUGUUAGACAUAGGUUAUGUAAUUUUAUUUUCCAUUGUGUUAGUGUAAGAUUAUAGAUGCCGUCCAAUUGUAUUUUAGUCUGUAAUUUUUAUUGUGUAUGUACAUGUAAAUGUAUUGCUAUGUUAUAGAGAAAUGCCAUAGAUAUGAAAAUAAAAUU